AUGAUGCAACCAGGUAUGUUCAGAUAUGUGUUUGGUGGACCGGGUCUCCCUGAGUGGGAGGUGAGCAGCCAUGACGAAAAGCUCAUGCGAAGUAUGAUCCGUCGAAUCAAAGAUGGGCAGGCCGAGGUCAGCCUUAAGCCUCUCCAUCGUCUGACUCCGCGAUGUAUCUCAAUGCCAGUUUAUGGACCCUAUGACGCCCCCAGUGCCGUUAUUCUUGCAACCGGCAGAGAAGUUGCAGAGAAGCGCUUGAAUGAAAUCCAGCAGGGAUUUGUGGAGAUUGAUAUGGAUCUCGUUUUCGGUCGUCAACGUUAG